GCCAGCACCUGGAGGCGGAGCGGCAGCGGGGCGGGCCGGGCUGCGGCCGGCGGGAGGAGCCAGGCCGAGGAGAGGCGCUGCCGGGAUGGGAGCCUGGGAGGAGGGCGAGUGAGAGCUCGGCGGCCGUCUGCCGCGGGGGCUGGCGCUCGUGGUGCUGGACCCACCAUGGAGCCGGUGACCAGGUGGAGCCCAAAGCAAGUGGUGGACUGGACAAAAGGCCUGGAUGAUUGCCUGCAGCAGUAUGUCCAUAAAUUUGAACGGGAGAAGAUUAAUGGUGAGCAGCUGUUACAGAUUUCUCACCAGGACCUUGAAGACUUGGGUAUCUCACGGAUUGGGCACCAGGAACUGGUUCUAGAGGCUGUGGAUCUUCUGUGUGCACUGAACUAUGGCCUUGAAACUGACAAUAUGAAGAACCUGGUUCUCAAGCUGCGGGCAUCAUCCAACAAUCUGCAAAAUUAUAUCAGCAGCCGUAGGAAAAGUUCAAAUUAUGAUGGAAAUACCUCUCACAAGCCCCCCAAUGAACUCCUUACUUCUGUGGUAGAGCUUAUUGGUGCUGCUAAGGCCCUCCUUGCGUGGUUGGACAGGGCUCCAUUUACAGGUAUUGCUGACUUUUCUUCAAUGAAGAACAGAAUCAUUCAGCUCUGCUUGGAUCUCACUACUACUGUUCAGAAGGACUGCACUGUAGCUGACAUGGAAGAUAAAGUUCAGACUGUAGCCAAGACUUUAAAUGGCAUUUGCGAUAAAGCCACCCGAUCAACUACAGAUCCAUUGAUGAGCCAGUGUGCUUGUCUGGAGGAGGUUCAUUUAACCAACAUUAAACCUGGGGAAGGCCUGGGAAUGUACAUCAAAUCAACUUAUGAUGGCUUACAUGUAAUCACUGGAACUACAGAAAACUCCCCUGCUGACCGAUCUCAGAAGAUUCAUGCUGGUGAUGAAGUGAUCCAGGUCAAUCGGCAAACUGUGGUUGGAUGGCAACUAAAAAACCUGGUGGCCAAGUUGCGAGAGAAUCCCGCUGGAGUUCGGCUGCUGCUGAAGAAACGUCCCACUGGCUCUUUCCAUUUCACUCCUGCUCCGCUGAAGAACCUGCGCUGGAAACCACCCUUGGUGCAGACCAAUCUUCUGCCAACUUCAGUCCAGUUACCAGAAAGCACUGUGGAUACCUCACUGAAAAAAGAGAAGCCAGCCAUUCUGGAUCUGUACAUACCACCUCCACCAGCUGUUCCCUAUUCUCCUCGAGAUGAAAAAGGGAGUUUUGUGUAUGGAGGAGGCAACAAAUCCAGCCAGCCGCUACCUGGGUCCAAGGGUGCCGAGUCUCCCAAUUCUUUUCUGGAUCAGGAGAGCCGAAGGCGAAGGUUUACUAUUGCCGAUUCGGAUCAGUUGCCUGGGUAUCCUGUAGAAGCAAAUAUCUUACCAGCCAAGAUGAGGGAAAAAACACAGUCUUAUGGAAAACCUCGUCCUUUGUCAAUGCCUGCCGAUGGGAGCUGGAUUGGAAUUGCAGACCCUUUCUCUAGGCCACGAGCAUCAGGGAGAAAAGGUGAUGAUGUCCUCUGCAGGUACUUCAGUAAUGAAAGAAUACCACCCAUCAUUGAAGAAAGCCCCUCUGCCCAGCACCCAUUCUCAAGGCCAGUGUCUGACAAGCAGUUAGUGAGAGGAGCGGAUUACAUUCGGGGCAGCAGGUGUCUCACCAGUACAGACAUUCACAGCAGCGCAACAAUUCCUUUUCAAGAGGAGGGGGCUAAAAAACCAACAGUUCUGUCAUCCGCAAAGUCUUCCUCUGCAGAGCCCUCGCUGCUGGUCAGUUGGAUCACAAGACUGAAACUGUUGACUCAUUGAUUGUGGUUCACAGGACUGUUACCAAGUGCCUUUGCUCAUCAGUCAGACUUCCUACUUUUCAGCUUAACUGGCGCAUAGUGACUAACGCGGCCUUCCUUUCCUGCAGAAUCGCACGGGUUUGCUUUCUCAGUUGUGACUUGUUUUUUCGGAGGGAUCAGAGGGUUUCGUAGUGCAAGGAGGGAAGAAAGAUAAAGGUCAAGUUCCUUUUGAUGACCAAAAGCCGAGGGCAUUUAUUCCUCUGGAAAUGAGUAAAAUUCCAGUGAUGUGACCUGAAAUAUGCAUAAUGACUCAGAGGAAAUCACUGCUUUACUGUAAAGUCCAGUGUCUCGUCAGUUGUCUGAAUGAUCAGAGGCUGGUGUGACUAGCUGGAUGUUGAAGUGUGCAGAGCUCAGGAAAAGUUGUUCCUCACCUGACCAGGAAAGAUAGGCAGGGAAACAACAGUUUCAUGCGAUUUAGUGACACUGUUGCAAGUACUGCGUAAGAUCGGUGAUGUCAGGAAGAAGCAGUAGUGUUGUUCUUUCUCUGAUAUGCAGAGAUUUAGGAGGUCUUGGGAAGAGUUCUCUUAUUCAUAGACUUUAGGAAGUUGGAGUAAUCUAAUUAUAAAUCAAUGCAAACUGAUCUAUAAUCCAUUUUAUUGAAACCUCAGUACAAAUGAAGAGCACUGAAUAGCCACAGUGCUCAUCUGGAAAGAUGUGUGGAUCGUUACAACAUGCCAAGGAAAAGCCUCUGUAGAGGUGGUAAAAGAAUAUGUGUUGGUUUUUUUUUCCUUAAUUAAGAAUGAUUUGCUGUUAACCAAAGUAAGCUUUUAAAGACGGUCCUGUUGGACUUAGGAGAACUUUUACAGUGGUUCAGUUGUUUUUUUAUCCAGAAUGUGUGCUGUGAUCCAUACCAAUUGUAAGACACAUUGCUGUUUUCUCUAUAGCUCAAAUUCCUUCCCCCUCCAGAAUUUGCAAGUAACAUUGGGUGUUUGGGGAGGAAAAUAAAACUUCUUCAACAAAAGAGGAUAUUAAAGAGGUAUGGUUUAAAACUGAAUGUACAUAAGAUUGUUAGUAUGCAAACAGUUGUGUUUAAAGUAAUUUAAAUGUUAAAUACAGUUGUAUAUAUUUUUUACACUUAGAUACAAUUUGUACCUUCCUGUCUGCGGUACUGGGCCCAGAUAAGUCAAAUGAAAAGGAGCAAAGUCUUUUGUAUUCCCUGCUAGUUAUGAGAUUGACUGUUUCCAUGGAUGAUAACAUUGCCCACAGCCUUUACUCCUGUAGUCUUCCGAAUAAAAAGAAGAAGAGGAAUUUAUUCUUCAGAACUGGGGGGGAGAGAGGGAGGUUAAAUGCUACUUUGCACUUUGGACUGGAGCAGGAUUUGUAUGCUAUAACCUGAGAGGUGAAAACAUACCAUAAUUGUGGCUGCGAAGAUGUGACUCUUCUGCUGCAAAAACUGAUGGAGUUGUGCUACAGCCCCACAGUUCUCAAUGAAUUGCAUCUGAUUUUGAUUCACUGAUUUAGGUAGGGACUGGUUUGGACCUUUCUGCUCAAAACAGAUUAUAAUGGGCCUGUAUUGUGCCACUUCCUUCCACUCCCCAUGAUGUCAGUCUGCACUAGAGACAUGGCCAAGCACAGCUGCAGUACACUUGGACCCAAGACCAGUUUACUCCUGCCUGUGAGAAGAGGAAUGAAACUGCCUUGCUGUAGGCACGGUGGUGCAGCAUAGUCCAGCCUCAAAUGUAUGCAACUGUUUCAAAUUUACUCACAGUUACUGAGCUAGAUUAACGUCAGAGAUGUUACCUAAACAAGGCUUUGAAGUGGAAAUUUCAUUCUUGUAUUCUCUCUUCCAUGGUUUAAAAAUUAAUGUGAAAGUGUCAUGCAUAUUGGUGCAGAAGAAAAUGUGGGUGUAUUGUUGUGGGUUGCACCUGGGCACACUUUAGAGACACAGGAAAGUUUAUUUCUUUUGGUUAGAUUCUUCUGAUCUAAAGCAGUGAGAUAAGCUUGCCUCAGUGUAACAGCUGGCUUUAAAUCACUGCAGCAAUGAGGAAAGACUGCUGUACCCAUGUACACAGAAUUAGUUUUCCAAGUCUGCCGUGUUGCCUGAUGCAAGCUAAUCCUACCCUCCCAGGCAAAAAUAAAACAGAUGACCGCCCGCCUAAGCAGUGCCCCUCCAUCUGUGGCACUGUGUGCAUCGAGAGAAUGAGCUCCUCGUUGGGAUGGGUUGCCUGGCUCUUACAAACAGAAACAGCAAAACGUUCCUGGAAAUUGCAGUUUAGCAAAGUCACAGCUUGGAAGGACUCUGAUCUAGCCCCUGCUCUAGCCCUCCUGCUCAGGCAGGGCCAGUGAUCCAGGACCAUGUCUGGAGAGUGUUUUAGUAUUUCCAAGGCUGGAAACUGCACAACCUCCCCGGCAAGCCCGUGCCAGACAAUCACCCUCUUGAUGCUUAGAGAGAACCUCCUUUGUUUCAGUUUGUGCCCAUUGUCUCUGGUGCUGUCACUGGGCACCACUGAGAACAGCCUGGCUCCAUCUCUAGUUCUGUUUAAUAUCUUUAUCAGUGAUCUGGACAAGGUGAUUGAGUGCGUCCUCAGCAAGUUUGCAGAUGACGUUGAGCAGGGAAGGGAUGUGCAGUAUGCUUCAGGCCAGGAAGGCUAUACAGAGGGACCUGGACAGACUGGAUCGAUGGCAUGAGGUCAGUAGUAUGAGAUUCAGUAUGAGGUCAAGUGUCAGAUCUGGCACGUGGGUCACAACGACCCUGUGCAACUCUGAAGCUGGAAAGCUGCCUAGUAGAAAAGGACCUGUGAGUGCUGGUCAACAGCUGACUGAAUAUAAGCCAACAGUGUGCCCAGGUGGCCAAGAAGGCAAACAGCAUCCUGACUUGCAUCAGGAGUCAUGUGGCCAGCAGGACUGGAGAAAUGAUUGUCCUUUUCUACAUGGCACUGGUGAGGCUGCAUCUUGAAUACUGUGUUCAGUUUUAGGUCACUCACAACAAGGAGGACACUGAGUUGAUGGGGUGGGUCCAGGCAAGGACAAGGAAACUGGUGAAGGAUCUAGAGCAAAAGUUUUAUUGAGGAGCAGUUGUAGGUAUGGGAGUUGCUUAUUCUGGAGAAGAGGCUGAGGGAGGGGGGACCUUCUGUUGUCUACAAUUACCUGAAAGAAAGUUGUAGUGAGGGCAGGUGUCAAGAAAAUGGGGCCAGACUCUCUUCAGUGGUGCCUACUGAUAGGACAAGAGGCAAUGGGCAAAAACUAAGACACAGGAAGUUCCACCUAAGAAGUUUUUCCUUCUCUUUUACUUUGAGGGUGAUGGAACACUGGAACAGACUGCUCAGAGUUUGUGGAGGCUCUACUGGAGAUUUUCAGAACUGGCCUGGACAUGACCAGAGAGUGGUGGUGAAUGGUGCUGCAUCCAGUUGGCAGCUGGCACUAGUGGUGUUCCCCAAGGAUCAGUGCUCGGCCCAGUCCUGUUCAAUAUCUUUACUGAUGAUCUGGAUGAGGGGAUUGAGUCCAUCAUCAGUAAGUUUGCAGAUGACACCAAGCUAGGAGCAGGGUUCUACACUUAGGCCACAACAGCCCCAAGCAGCACUACAGACUGGAGAGCAGCCAGGCAGAAAGGGAUCUGGGGGUGCUGGUAGAUAGUAGCUGAACAUCAGUCAGCAGUGUGCCCAGGUGGCCAAGAGAGCCAGUGGCAUCCUGGCCUGCAUCAGGAACAGUGUGGCCAGUAGGACAAGGGAGGUUAUUCUGCCCCUGUACUCAGCACUGGUCAGGCCACACCUUGAGUACUGUGUCCAGUUCUGGGCUCCUCAAUUCAAGAGAGAUGUGGAGGUGCUGGAACAUGUCCAGAGAAGAGUGAUGAAGCUGGUGAGAGGCCUGGGGCACAAACCCUAUGAGGAGAGGCUGAGGGAGCUGGGGGUGUGCAGCCUGCAGAAGAGGAGGCUCAGGGGGGACCUCAUUGCUGUCUACAACUACCUGAAAGGAGUCUGUAGCCAGGUAGGGGUUGGUCUCUUCUCCCAGGCAUCCAGCAACAGAACAAGGGAGCAGAGUCUCAAGUUGUGCCAGGAGAGGUCUAGGCUGGAUGUUAGGAGGAAGUUGUUGGCAGAGAGAGUGAUUGGCAUUGGAAUGGGCUGCCCAGGGAGGUGGUGGAGUCGCCAUCCCUGGGGGUGUUCAAGCAAAGCCUGGAUGAGGCAUUUAGUGCCAUGGUCUGGUUGAUUGGCUAGGGCUGGGUGCUAGGUUGGACUGGCUGAUCUUGGAGGUCUCUUCCAACCUGGUUGAUUCUAUGUUCCUGCACAGCCUGCUCAAGGGAAACCAGCUUUAUCAGUUAGAUUGGACUAGAUGAUCCCCAGAGGUCGCUUCCAACCCUUACCGUUCUGUGAGCUUCUAUUCCCAAGUAACAAGUGAUAGGAACAAGAGGAAAUGGCUUCAAGUUGCACCUGGGGAAGUUUAGGUUGGACAGUAGGAAAGAUUUCUUCACUGAAAGGGUUGUCAAGCAUAGAGAAGUGGUUGAAUUGCCAUCCCUGCAGUUACUUUAGAUGAUGUGUAGAUGUGGCACUUAGAGACAUGAUUUAGUGGUGGAUUUGGCAGUGCUAGGGUUAUGUUUGGAUUUGAUCAUAAAGGUGUUUUCCAGUCUAUAUAGGUGUAUUAUUCUGCGAUGGUUGGUGGACUUCUGACUGCUGGAGUGUAUGUAUGCAGAACACAGUAUAUGUCUUUUUGUUGCAAAACCCACAUCCUUACUACUGUGAACUUGCUUUGUGCUCAAGUAAGCUACUUGAUAUUCUUGUCUGCAGUUAGUGCCUACUGCUUACAGUUGUCAUAACCUUUGUAUGUAAUGUAUGAUAUUUAGGAAUCUUUCUCUGGGAAGCUGGCAUUUGAUUGGCUUUGGCAGAGGUUUUUUUUCUUCCAACUUUGGUUGUCAAAUAGAAAAGCUCUGAUAGCUGUUCUCAGUAGUAAUAGAUAAGCUAUUUUGGAUUGUGCUGUGAUUUGUGGGUAUUGGACACGUACUCUUUCAUCUGCCUUUAUACCUCUCAUGACUUUGUAAUGCAGAGGUUUCACUUAUGGGCACAAGCAAUUGAAUACUGACCUAAAAUGUGGCCAUAUCUGUUUUUUGAAACAUGACAAGAGAAAUGCAGUUGAAAGACUUACAUGAGGAGACUCUUUCUAAUAUCUGUUAUUGAGGGCUGUUUGCUUCCUGUGCUGGUGACGUUGGUUAAUGAAAAGCAAAGGCAUGAAAAAAAAAAUCAAAGAACAAUAAAAUAGGUGGCUCUAAAUCCAAUGACUUUAGAAGGUGAAUUAAAUGCUAGGUGCCAUUUUUGUUUGCCUAUGUAGCUCUCCAGCACAUACAAUUUGACUUUCUGCCAAAUGUCUGUGUCUCUUUAAGGAGCUGAUCUAGCUAUACAGGGCCAGCUGCUGAAGUAUUGGCUGCUGGGGUCUCCUUUAAUACAGUCUUAUAUCAGCUGCUGUUGGGCUUUCUGGUUAUGCACUCAUCAUUCACUCUAGAAAUUGUUAUUCAAAGUGGUAGUGUGUUUUAAUUGACCCAUUUUGGCCCUUUUAUUGAAUGAGGGAAUGUUUAUGGGGCACAUGCAUUCAUAAACUACGUGAAGUUCAAGGAGAACUAAGUCCUUUCUCUUCCUGCAUGAAGUGGAGAGGAAGCCUGAGAAAUGGGUAAGGCUGUAACUCCAUGGUCUCUUGCAGCUCAGGUGUUUUGAGGGAGGACGACUGCCCCACAGCCUUUCUCUUAACAAAGUGGUCUUUAACCAGCAUGGCCAACCCUGGCAGAAGGAGCCUCGGAUUUCAAGGACUUUCAGCUGCUUUGCCUAUGUGUAUAUUGCAGUGUCACUCCAAAGCUUCUUUCCAUCCUGUGCAUCCUUUUGUUAAGGGGUGUGGUUGUACCAUAGCUCUGAGAGGUGACCACUAAGUAAGAAUGUUUCUUGGCUCAGGUAUGCACAAAUGUCACAAUGAUUUUUCCACCAAAGAAGGAAGGAUGUAGCUCUUAUUUGCUUCCCUUUGUUUGUUACAGAGAACUGCUAAUACUAAAAGGUCUUUCUAAGAGAACUGAGGGAGAGGAUGGGAGUGUCAGGCUGUGAUCUGGAGAGGGGCUUGGUGUCAUGCAGAGAUCAAAUGUGCUGUGGCCACUGGAUGAUUUUGUUGCUGCAGAUUUGUAGCAGCAGCUAAUAAAAACUUGUUUCAAAGAAA